AAUAUGGUUAUUGUAAGUGCCAUAUAAUUAAUUCUAUUACAAUAAUAAAUCAUGAUAGGAAGUGAUACUAAGAAAAUUAUUGCAAUCGAAGGAAAACUGCUUAAUUUAUGUGAAAAUAACCAGAUAUCAGUUGAAGAAUCGUCGGAAACUUGGGAGCAUCUUACAGCUGUUCCCCUCCCCAUUGUAAUAGUCCUCAAGAUUGCUCACUCGCAACACCACGUGGGAUCGACCCCAUGGUCGUCACUGUCUAGUCACUGGUUCACUAUUACCCACUUCUGUGAGAUUACGGUAAAACAUAGUCAUCAUUCAAUGCCAUUGACAAUAUAUGUUCUGAUACUCUACUUGACUAGUCCCAUGCAUCACGAUUUCGCACUCAAAUAUUGAGAAAUCCAUCUUGUAGCAAGUCAUCUAUGACCACCGAAUGGUCAUUUAAGUGUUAAUUCGUAGCGACUUUUUAUAUGAAGUAACUUUCAUCACGGAAUAACGUAAAUUGGG